GCGGACACUUCCCGUGAAGGGACUGUCCCGUGGCACCGGUGGGCGAAGGAGGGCACGGAGGCCCCGGAGCAGCGACAAUGGACGACCACGGCCUGGAGGAGUUCCGUCGGCGCUGGCAGGAGGAGCUGGCGCAAGCCCAAGCGCUGAGGAAGCGGCGGAAGCCGCGACGGCCUGAGGUGGCUGUCGGGCGCGGCGAGCAGGCCUCAGGGUACCUGGCGCUGGCCCAGGGCCUCCUGGAGGGUGCGGGGCGGCCCCCCGCGGCGCAGGCGACCCAGGCAGAGAGGCGGGAAGCUGCAAGCCGCUCCCGCUCCCCUCCGGCCCGGGAAGGCGCGGGGGGCGGGGAGCAGCUGGUGGACCAGCUCAUCCGCGACCUGAAUGAAAUGGAUGAUGUGCCCUUCUUUGAUGUCCAACUACCUUAUGAAUUGGCAGUCAAUAUAUUUCAAUAUCUGGACAGGAAAGAUCUAGGAAGGUGUGCGCAGGUGAGCAAGAUGUGGAAGGUGAUUGCCGAAGAUGAGGUGCUAUGGUACAGGCUGUGCCAGCAGGAAGGGCACCUUCCGGAGAGCAGCAUCUCGGAUUAUUCCUGCUGGAAGCUCAUCUUCCAAGAGUGCCAAGCCAGGGAGCACAUGUUAAGAACCAACUGGAAGAAUCGCAAAGGUGCCGUGAGUGAGCUGGAACACAUUCCUGAAGCAGUUUUAUGUGAUGUGCAUUCUCACGAUGGCGUGGUCAUUGCUGGAUAUACAUCGGGGGAUGUGCGGGUGUGGGACACCCGCACCUGGGACUAUGUGGCCCCCUUCCUGGAAUCCGAGUUUGAGGAGGAUGAGCCUGGAAUGCAGCCAUACGUCUCCUUUGUGAGGAUAAACAGCUCGCUGGCGGUAGCAGCUUAUGAGGAUGGAUUUCUUCAUAUUUGGGACCUGAGGACUGGAACGUGUCCUGUCCAUCGCUUUGAGCAUGAUGCACGAAUACAGGCACUGGCUCUCAGCCGGGAAGGUGCCACCGUUGCCACUGCUUCUGCUUUUGACGUUGUGAUGUUGUCCCCCAGUGAGGAGGGGUACUGGCAGAUAGCUGCAGAAUUUGAAGUUCAGAAACUGGUUGAUUACCUUGAAAUAGUCCCAGAUACUGGAAGGUACCCUGUGGCAAUAGCCACUGCUGGAGAUCUGGUAUACCUGCUAAAAGCCGAAGACUCAGCCAGAACCCUCCAUUAUGUCUACGGCCAGCCAGUCACCUGUCUAGAUGUCUCAGCCAACCAUGUUGCUUUUGGUGUGAAGAGUCUGGGAUGGGUGUACGAAGGAAACAAGAUUCUGGUGUACAGCCUGGAAGCAGAACGCUGCCUCUCGAAGCUGGGUAAUGCACUUGGUGACUUCACUUGUGUCAACCUCAGAGACAGCCCUCCCAACCUCAUGGUCAGCGGCAACAUGGACAGAAGACACCCUGUGCGGCACAUCUCCUUCAACAGCCACAGCCUCAUCACAGCCAACGUGCCCUACGAGAGGGUGGUGCGCAACAGUGAUCUGGACAAUUUCACCACCCACCGGAGACACCGGGGGCUGAUCCAUGCCUAUGAGUUUGCAGUGGACCAGCUGGCCUUCCAGAGCCCUCUGCCCAUCUGCCGUUCCUCCUGCGACACUGUGGCUGGUUCCAACUAUGACCUUGCACUGGCUUUUCCCCAUAACAGUAUUUAAGCAUCAUCACCUCAUUUGAGAGAAAAUUGGGAUGGACCAAUUUUAUAAAUUUUAAAACCACACAGGAGCUCACAGUGGGUGGCAAAUGUCUGAGGGAAGACGGCAGUGGGAUGGGGGGUGCACACUCCAGAGCAUCCUUCACUCUCCUCCUCUGCUGGGCCCUGCUCUGGCCACCUGUGACAACCUGGAGUUUGUUGCAGCUGAUUUCCUCUUUCUCCAUUCUCUCUCCUGGGAACCUCUGUUCUGUCUCCUGUGGCUUUGAGUGUCAUGACCCAAACUUAACCUCUGUCCCUGAUGCUCCCCAGCCUGGAACCUUUUCUAGCUCGGUCUCUCUCUCAAGAGCGACACCUCUGCCCCUGCCCAGUACUCUGCCCCCCAACUCUCAUGCAGCCCCAUUGGGCUCCGCAGGGCCCUCUUACCUGCUCCCAUCCUACAGGCCACGUUCUCACCUCCUUACUUUCUCUUUGGGGGCCUUGGGCUCUGCUGCUCAAGACUUUGGAUUAUAACCCAAAGGUGGUCUUUUUUUUUUUUUUUUCCUGUGGUGCUUAGGAUAGAACCCAGGGCCACAUGCGCACUAAACAAGCUAUCUGCCACAGAGCUGCACCCCAGGGUGGUGGUCUUAGACCCCUGACCUACCACUACCAAGUAUAAACCUGCAAUAGCACGGCUUUUUCUUUGUGUAAUUAUAAAUUAUGGUAAAUGCUGUAUUUAUACCACUGUGUCCACAGUAUGGGAUACGAAGUAAAUGCUUUCUUAAUACUUACUGCCUGAGUGGAUCCUCCACAGGAACUAGAAGGCAGUGCUUCCACAGAGGAGUGGGGACAGGAAGGGCCUGAGGAGGAGCUAUGACCUCCAGCCACUAAGAUCAGCACAGCACUCGAGAGCAGCCAGGGGAUGAGGAGCUUCUGCUGCAUGCCGAAGGGACGCCACUGCACUGCUCUUAUUGACAUGUUUCCUGAACUGCAGCAGAGCUCACCUGCUGUACUUUCAAAGUAUCAAAGCAAAGAUUGAGAGAACCACAGAGAGAAAUAAAAUUCAUCUACUCGGUGGGGAGUCAGAUCAACUCAGUGAAGAAAUUCAACACCUGGAAGAUGUAUCUGCUGUCAUUAACAAGCCUGACCAGUAGAUGUGUAUGGUUCUGUACCUUUUCAAAUUCUCUAGACCAUGUAACCAAACAUGCCCAUGGAUGAAGGCCACCAAGUCUCAGGGCACAAAGAUUGAUGCCGUACAGUCCACAGUCCCUUACCCAGUGCAAUGUAAUUAGAAACCAACAUGAAGUAAAGCAAUAAAAAUACACCUGGAAAUUCCAAACAUUCUGAACUGGAUUUAAAGAGGGUAAUAGAAAGGAAAGAUAACAACUCUAGGCCAGGGUGGUAAUGAAAGUGCUGAACAUCCAAGCCAGGGCUGAGGUGAGCUGUGACAUUAGUGGGAAAUAAGGCAGACUGAAAAUGAAUGGACUAAGCUGUCACCAAAGAAAGCUCAUCAGAGAUCACAAUCCCAGAGAAAGAAAAAGGAAAUGAAAUGAUAAGAGCAACUAUUAACAAGAUAGAAAAACAAAGUUAAAGAUAAACUGUAUGGCUCUUAAUAAGGCAUAGGUGGUGGUAGAAACAGAACCGGAGAUCCUGUGGGCAUUGGCUCGGCAUCAUUUGCCACACUGACCUGAGAGAAGCAAGGCUUUCCUGUCCUGGGUUAGCAGGGGUGGCUGGGAAGCCCACUGUUACUCCGAGGCAGAGAACGAGGUGGGUGUGCUUGAGCUGCCACAGCUGGGUGUGUGGCCUUGUGUGUCUUGCCCCUGCCACUGAGUCCCACCCCAGCCAAGGCCUGCAAGUUCUGAGUUGUGAAGGUUUGGAGAAGUUUCUAAGAUUGCUUAAGAUGGUCCUUAAAUAUCCGUCUCCAGCUAGCUAGGAGGAUGGAGCUAGAGAGAUGUGACCAGGGACAUCAGUUCCCCUCAGAGGCAGCUGGUCCCCAUGGUGUUCAACCAAGUUACUUGAUGAGUGCUAUAGCUGCCCAUGGUUCUCCACAGAGUGGUUCACUGUCGUUGUCAUGCGGCAGGCCGACCCCUGCUGACCUGCCUUUAUUAAGUUUCCAUCAUGCCUGUGGUUUUUUCUCUCAUGGUCUUCAUGCAGCGGGACCACUGGAGAAAGUAUUUUGUUUCUUUGCAAGAAGCAGUCCUUCCAGUCUGAUGGCACAGUUCGUUUUGCAGGUCUAGUCUCCCUAGCUUUGCAGCCAUUAAAGGUAACAGAAGAGGAACUGCAUGUGGUGGCCCACUCCUGUAAUCCCAGCACUUGGAAGGCUUCAGCAGGAAAAUUGCCAGUUCCAGUCUCACCUGGGCAACUUGCCUUAAAAGAAAUUAAACCCAGAAAAUUAACAAAAAGUUUUUAACUAUUGUCAUUCACUGCCAAAAGCCAGUGCGGUGCAACAACAUUCCAGGCAUAGUUUACCCCCAGCAUCUUCCAUUCAGGAAAACUGCCAGGGUUUGUGAAGGAGAGUUUCUCGGCCUCACAUACCAGCCGGUGUUCUCUGUUCUGUAAACCAGAACCUCCUGGAACAAACCACCCCGGCCAGGAAAGAUAAACACUGCUGCAGAAACCCAUGUUUGCCCAGUGACACAAAAACAGCUCCCAGCCCGAGUCUACUCCGCCUCACCUAUUCUCCAUUGGCUGGCUGAGGGAGGAGCUGCUUCAUCACCUGCAUUUCCUUCUGCCCCCUGUGCUUCUCACAGUCUUCCUCUGUGCUCCCCUGAAGACAGAACAGACUCAGACAUGAUGCUAGGGGAGUGGGAGCCACUGCUAGAGGAUCUCACCCCUCAUCCCAAGACGUUGCCACCUUCUGGGUCUGUAUCACUGCUGAUACUAAUGUUCUUUGGACUUACUGAUAGCUUGCAUCAUGGUAGGGUGUGUAGGGUCUGUAAGGUGUGCAGUGCCAUUCCCAAGUACAGCAUGGGGCCAGCUCUCCAGAGAGAGUUCCCAGCCAGGACCUGAGACCACAACAGGAUGUGCAGCCAUGCAUGCCGGCAUUCUCUGGGGAAAGUGGUUAUCUUUCACAGCCUCCAAGGGACCGUGGCCCCCUUCCCUGAGACUUUCUUCUCUGGACCUGGUCUGGGUUUGACCACCUGGGACUUGUGUUGCCUUGGUCUGGGCAGUCUUUGCAGGGACAGCAUCACUUUCCCCAAGUAGAAAUCUCACCUUGGCUGACCGACUGCUCAGAUUUCAGCUGACCAAAGGGAAAUCGAGUUUUCCCAGCAGUGGAGUUUUGGUCUUUUCUGAGAGGGAAAGCUGACUCCCUCAAGAUGAAGAGAACUCGAGGCCCUACCUUUAGGGAGGGGGCACUUCCCACUCCACUUGCUAAAGCACAGUGCUGCAGGACAGCCUUGCUCAGAGCUGUGGAGAAGCAGCUUCCCCUGCUGAGGGUGCAGCUUUCCCUGACAGCCAGCACUGGUUGCUACUGGGGAGGCUCAAGACAGUAGCUCAGGCAGCGCCGCCACUCCUUCCUGACCCAAACUGUGGCUUUGAACAGCAGCUGCAGCAGCCCUGAGCUGAUGGUGCUGGCCAGCACGGCCACAGUGCCUCAGGCCACACAGACCUGCCCGAAGCAUCACCCACCCAGCCAGGCCAGAUGGUUACCUGGCUGCUGCUGCGGGGCCUGCGGCGACUUGGACGGGGGCUGCCUCUAAUGUGUGGUGGCAGAUUCUCUCUUGCCGGGCUCCAGCGGGCGCCAUGUGGGCGCCGGCCUGCUCUCGGCCUCUGAUGUUGCGUGCAGGCUUCCAGAACAGCCUUUUGCUCUACGCUGGGGACCUUUUCGUUCCCCAGGAAGGGAGGGAAAACUCCCCCACCCUUCCUCAGCUGAGCCUGUCCUGCUGAAUCCUUUCUUCCUUUGCCCAGUGUGAGCACAAAUGCUGCCUUGUCGCUCCUCUUAAGAUGGUAGUGGCAGCAGGCUACCCCUGGGAACAGCUCUUGGGGCGCCAGCACUCUGUAAGGGCCCAAGCUUUAUCCUUUGCUGACUUGGUCAGUGAGCAGCCACUGAGCCGUCGGCAGUCUUCAGUCCUCUGGGCCCUGUUCAUCUCCCCUCAGACCUGCUGUCACUGGUGCAAAGUCUGCCAGAGAUGAAGGCACCUGGCUGAUAUCCUGGCUCCUCCCAUAUGGCUUUCCUGGCCUUCCCAAGGUCACCCGUGGGAGGGUAGCCUGCAAAGGCAGGUGUUUGCAAAAUCCUCGCCAAGGCAACUUGUAUUUUUAACUUUCCUUCAGCCUAUUUGAGUCACACGGUGCCAUUUCCAGCACAGCAGAAUUCAACAUCAGCCUCUUUAACUGCAGAGUGGGGACAGGUUCAACUGCUCAGGGACAAGGAUGAGGUCCGUGGAUGUCCCCUCACAUUAGCACAGCACAGUCCCUUGGAUCAGAGGAUAAUAGAGUUGUUUGGUUAAAGUCUAACGAUAACUCAUUCCCUGAGAGGCCCAAAUGGAGGCUGCGGUAACCUUGCUCUGUUCCCUUAUCCAUAAUUCAUGUGUAAGGUGUGCAGGUUCCUUCCCAGAGCUGCUGCUGUUAGAUUUCCAUUACACAGCCCUUUUGUAAACCCACCAAAUUAACAGGUUUGCCUCAAAAUACCAUGUUCUUUUAACAUUCAAAAGCCAACCUUUCCCCCUCGGUAACAUGCAGUCAAGACUACAUCCCACUUUUGAUUUGAUUCUAUCCAGCAAAUGUCAGAACACGGAGAAAGACACACACACUGAGGACUCCACCCCUAGCCUGUGGACCUCAAACAUCAGCAUCCUUUAAAUACCUAGCUCGGCACUGAGCUCUGCCUGGUCCCUUCAGUCUGGUAGUCUCCAGGGUGCCAGCCAGCCCACUUGUUUGAUUCAUUACUUGCCUGUCUUAGAACAGCAUAGACAAGUGGCCCUGUCAUUUGGCUCGUGUCCCCAUGUAGGGGUGAGGGGCUGGCUGCACUCGGUCAGGGUCUGUGCUGCCAGAAACCCCCUCCUGGGCACGGCUGACAGUCCGGCAGGUAACAGGAGCUAUUCUUGAGCCACCUGCUUCCUUCCUGCCAUGCAGACCAUGCUUUCCAGAUGGCAGAGCCAUCCUCAGACCUGUGCCUGGAGUAGCAACCCUCAGCCUUUGAGGAUCAGAAGCCAGCAGGCCCACCAGGUGCUGGGAAUUAGCCUGCCCCUGGGGAUGGCUUUGUACCUGCCUAUCUGAUAGCCAGCCCUCAAUGCUUCAAGGACGCAGAGCACACUGGGGGCCAGGCAGCAGUGCUAGGGUGACCUGCAGCCCCUGCACUGGUGAGCAUGAGCCCCAACCUUGCCCGUGAGAUGCUGCCCUUCAUAAUUGUGAGCAGAUGAGCUUUUUUCUGAGCAGUGUGCACAGAGCUUGCAGCAAAUCCAUCUCAUUUUAAUUAGCUGUGCAGAUAAGCUGUGGCCCAAAGCUUCAAAGACAUUAGCUGGGCUCAAAGCAGGCACACAAGCAAGCGCCCACUGUGGCUAUGUCUCCCCAGCUAAAACUCAGGGCAAAGAGGCUGAUGGAAGAUUCUCCAUUAUUUACAAAAACAUUUUACAUUAAUGAACUGCCUUUGUUGAAAAGAGCAAAUUGGGGGUGUCCCAGGAACCCCAGGCACUUAGUGGGCUUGCCAGUGGCCCCUGCUGCUCAGCAGGACUGCAGAUCUACGGGGAGAUGGAAAGGCCUGGGAGGCCAGAGGGUGUGUCCAGAUGCACACAUCCCCACCAUGCUGUCCGGAUGACCUGAAGCCUUUCCAGCCGGCAUCCAGGAAGCCAAGACCCUGAGUGGCAGAGGCUCCAGAGAGAGCUCACCCUCCCCGGGAAGCUGCCUGGCUUAUCAGUCUGCAGGGGUCUAUCCCCACCAGACAGCCAGCACCAUGAAGGCAUGAAGUAGAGGCCUCCAUCUCGCUCCUGGUGCUGCUCACAGCAUCUAGACUUGGUGAACUGAGUCGUAGUCAAAGAAGCAGAAGCAUCUAGGAUGGAAAAGGCAGAAGGGCUUACCUAGGCAAACAAACACCGCGCCCAAAAUAAACAAACGGAAACGAAAUCGAUCCUUCUUCCAAACUACCUUGGAAAACGCUCUGGCACUGCUUGCUCUUCAUAACCAAGGCCACUUGAAUGUAGGCAAGGAACUGACAGCCACGUUCAUUAACAAACAUUUUUAUUAGAAAUAAAAACAGCAGUUCCACGUCCCAUAGCAGGCAGGACAUGAGCUGAAUGGAUGAGCAUUGGUUCUUUUCAGGGCUGCAGCAAAAGGCCUCAGCCACUCUGGGCCACAGCAGAGGCUGCCCCCUAGCAAAGGCCACUUUUCAAGGAUGGUGAGUGGGUCAGUGGCAAAGGGCAAUGGUUUCCAUGUUAAGGAAGCGGACGUGCAUCUUGGUCUCGAUGUCGAUCCCCUGCCAGAUCUGGAAUGGAUGGCAGAGUGUUAGAGGCACCUCCACUCCCGCAUGCCCCCUUCCGGGCCAGUCCUCAGCCAUCUCCCCACCAGCCCACGCGCACUCCUAGCAGGUGAAAACCAGGGGCUGUGUUUCAAGACGAUGAGCUAAGCGAGGAAGAAAAACUCCCAUCUGUCUCUCUGUUGAUGAAUUUGGCAGUGACAUUUGGAUUCUUCCUGAAAUUGUCACAGCAAGUUAUGAUUAGGUCCUGAUUCCAAGCUCUGCUCAAGUCCUUUCAGUCUCACUCUCCACCACAGGCUCUUGAUUUUCAUGCAGAUUCCAUCCCCCCACGAAGCCCCUUUCAUCAUCACAGUGUGGGGACCACCCCACCGUGCUGCCAACGCUGGAGUGACCCAGAUGGUAUCUCACUUAGCCUGCUUAGCCUGUAAGCUGGCCGGGACUCGGUGUGAGGCUACCUUAAACCAUCAUUGUGAUAAACUCCUAGGGUAAGAGGUCACCUGUGUUUGCACAAACUAGUGUGGGAAUCCAGUCCAUGGCCACCUACCUGGUGCUGCUGUUCAGUCCAUCUGGGCCCCGGGGGACAUUUAGGCUACAAGGCUAUUGGCCCAAAGCACCACCACUCCCAGGACCGUGCUCUCUGUCUCCUUGGCAACAUGAGGCCAAGGAUAGGAGACACAGAUGGGGAGGUUCAUGCAAGCACUGCACUCUCCAGCUGUCACUCUCCACAUCUCCAGGCACAGCCACAGACUGGGCAUCCAGAGACAGGGUGGCCUUGGGGGCCUCUCUUGCCAUGUCACUAGCCAGUCCCCCACGUGCUCCCAGGUCUCCUGCCCGGCUGCUGUGAGGGAAGCAGAGAAAAAGCCACUUCCAGCCGAGCAGCUCCAACCCUUGUAGGGUGGACAAGAUGCCUUCAGGGGGAGGUACCUAAUCCCCAGGGUGGCUUCCACUACGUGCCAAGUGGCAGCACAGCUGCUAAGGGCACUGGAAAAGACCAGGGGCCAGAAGGGCUGGCUUCUCACAAAGGAGGCCACAGGUGCAGGGACAGGCCUGAGGAGCCUCCAGGGAAAGCAGCUGUUCUUUGAGCCGAGGAAAUUCCUCUUGUGUUCUGGCCCAAAGCAGGGGGAGGAGGAGGCUCCCCUGAGCCUUCCUGGCCCGUGUGCUCAGGCGUCGCUUCCCUAGGUGAGUUGGACUCCUCCCUGGCCUCCCUGCUGGCACCAGCCAUGACCCUUCACACAGCACAGCCUGGCCUCUCCCUCUGUGCCUGCCCUGCCUGGCUCUGGGUUGGGGCAUCUGCAUGGAACAAGGGUGACUGUCCUCUGGCGCAGCUGUCCCCUCCAGGGCUUCCCUUCAUGGCUGGGUCUAUGCCACCUGCCCUGCAGCGGGCCCACAUGUUGACAGGCGACUGGCCCAGUCCGAGGUGCAGGCUUGGAGGACACCCCCUGGCCCUGACUCCGUGGGAACACCCCAGGUCCCAGUCCCACUCCAGGCCCUGGUGGAGCCUAGGGGUCCUGCCCUGAUCCUCUUCCUCGAUUUCCACCACGGCCAUGGAGACACUGUUGGGAUGCUGAGGGCCACAGUGCUGUGCAUAAAGCAGGCAGGUCCUUAUUCCCAGCCCUGAGCAUGUUUGUAGCAGCAAAGGCCGGCAUGAGACUAAACACCCAUGACAGGGCGGGAGGGAAGAGGAAUGUGUGGGUGGCUGUUUGAAAAUGACAUCAAGACAUAGCGAGGAAGCGAGAGGCAGAGCGGCACAGUGUGCUCGUCUGCACUCCUGCAGAACGCAGUGUGCGUCCAGGCACAGCAAGCUCCAGAGCCUCACUCGCUCCUGGGAAGGGCUACCAAGGACAAUGGACUUUUCAUUCUCCGCCCUGUGUACUGCUUAAGUUGCUCUGACCGUGUACAAAUAUUGUCCUUUUGAUAAAAAUAAGUGAAACCGGU